CCGCGGCGCACGCGCACUCGUCGUUAAGCGAGAGGAUUCAAGCACGCGAAAGAAAAGUGCCAAUUGGCCUUUCCGCCUUUGAUGUAGGGCAGUAAUGGACUGGACGUCCUUCCGUCCAUUCUGGGCUAAACAAACCCCAGAUCAGUCUGAUGACACUAAUGCACCGAGCCGUGCUCUUUCCCUACCGUCUGCCUGAAGUUAGAAACCGAGGCGGAACUUCCAAUCUGCAUUCCCUGGUCCGGCCGGAGCUCAGGUGGUGGUGCACACGUACGGCUGAUCGGAGCGCUCCCGGCUUUUGGCGAUGCUCGUCAACUACAGCAGCUCUGAGGACGAGGAAAGCGAUGGUGGCAGGAAGCGGAGACGGAGCGGAGACGAGGCGGAGAAGACUGCGGGCAGUAAGCGCAGUAAACCUGGGACGAGAAAUGACCAAAUUGGUGACAUGCAGAAGAAGCCGAGCAGAACAAAUGAAAGUGGGACUCGCAUCCUGCCAGUGCCCAGCAGCAUACUGGAGAUGUUUAAAGAGGACAGCGUGGAGGAGGCGUCUAGUGACAGUUCCAGGCACGGUGGACGCAUCCGUUCUUUCAGACACGAGCGAGGAAACUGGGCGACGUACGUCUACUUGCCGUACUUUGCUGAGAGGGACUUUGAAGAGCUAGCAGACCGACUGAUCUCGGCGGCCGGGGCUCAUGGGAUUUCUCUUACCAGAAUGGAGGAAUUUCACAUCAGCCUCUCUCAGACGGUUGUUCUGCGCCAUCACUGGAUUGAGCCCUUUGUCCUCUCUCUGAAGGAGGCCCUGGCACCGUUCAGCAGGUUCCUUUGUGUUGCUGACAGGCUAAAUGUGUAUGCCAACCAGGAAAAGACGAGGACGUUCCUCGGACUGGAGGUCACACUCGGGCAGGACGAGCUCGUGCAUGUGGUUGGAGCCAUAGAUAAAACCCUGGAGGCCUCCAGGCUGGCCACCUUCUAUCAGAACCCCUCAUUCCACAUUAGCCUCGCCUGGUGUGUCGGGGAUCACAAAGAGAGGCUGGAAGGCCUGUGCGCUCAACUGCAGGGCAUCGUUCAUGAUUCAGAAGACGGUGGCGAGCUGACAAGAUUGUGGGCAGAGGACAUCCGCUGCAAAUCUGGGAACAAAGUCUUCUCUUUCCAGCUCCACCGAGACUAACCUGCUCACGUUUGUGAUGACUUGGCCAUCGUCGGGGUCUUCGUCUUUUGGCUCUGCCCCUAUUUCUUCUGACCGGCUGUGCAUGUGGAUUUAGGAGUCAAGGCUCUUGGCCCCUCAGUGACAUUUAAGACAAAAUUCUUACUUUGUGUGGCACUAAGAAGCACCAUGUGUGUGAGCUGGUAGGAGGAGGAGGAAGCACUCAUCAUCUAUGAAUGUUUAGACUCUUGAUGGAGUGCUUGUGUUUUUUUACGUA